AUGUCAAUAGUACAGUAUUUGAAACAUCAAAGCGAUAAAAAAAUGUUACCUUUAUCGUUAUUAAGAACAGCUCAAAAUCAUCCUAUGUUAGUUGAACUUAAGAAUGGAGAAACGUAUAAUGGACAUUUAGUUAGUUGUGAUAGCUGGAUGAAUAUCAAUCUCAGAGAGGUUAUAUGUACAUCUAGGGAUGGUGAUAAGUUUUGGAGAAUGCCAGAAUGUUAUAUUCGGGGUACUACAAUUAAAUAUUUACGAAUUCCUGACGAAGUUAUAGAUAUGGUAAAAGAAGAUGUACAAAUGAAAUCAAGAGGUCGUGGAGAAAUGAAAGGAAGAGGACAAAAUCAACGAGGUCGUGGUAGUGGAAGAGGAACUUUUGGCCGUGGUGGCAGAGGUCCUACAGCUCUUGGUCGUGGUGGUGGUAAUCAAGAUGGAAAUAAACCGCAAAAUAAAGCAAGGACUAAAUAA